AUGUAGAAAGUCAGACAUAAUUAUGUCUCCAAGAAGGACGAAUUCAAUCCAAAAAGAGUUGAAAAGGCGAGUUCUGCUGCUAAAGGAUUAUGCGAAUGGGUUUUAGCUUUAGAUGAAUAUGAAAAGGUACUCACUAUUGUUAGACCUAAACAAGAAAAGUAUCUUCAAUCACAACAGGAAGUGGCCAGAUUGUAAGAGUCAUUGAAAAAUAUUAUAAUAAGAUUUAUCUGUUUUAACAGCAGAGAUUAAUAAGAAACUAUGAAUAAUCAAUAGCAAUUAGAUAGAGAUAUUAAGGAGUGUGAAGUCAAGUUGCAGAGAGCUACAAAGUUGAUGGAAGGAUUGGGAGGAGAAAGAGAGAGAUGGAGUAAGUCAUCUGCCAUUUAUGAAUAGAGAUUAAAAUAAGUAUUGGGAGAUAUCAUACUAUCAUCAGGAACUAUUGCAUAUUUAGGAGUCUUUAGUAAUAGUUUCAGAUAGAAAACCAUCAAAAUGUGGAUGGAUAACUUGAAGGGUAAUAUGUAAUUCUCUGAAAACUUUUCAUUACAGAACAUUCUUGGGUAACCGAUUUUGAUUAGACAAUGGAGAAUGAAUGGUUUACCUAGUGAUUAGUUCAGCAUUGAAAAUGGAAUUAUAAUGAAUAGGUGUCAAAGGUUCCCUUUAAUAAUCGAUCCCUAAGGACAAGGCAAUAGAUUUAUUAGACAAAACGAAAAAGAUAUAAAAUUAGUCAAGUUCACUGAUAGCGAUUUCUUGAGAACAUUGGAAAAUACAUUAUAAUUUGGAUAACCAUUACUAAUUGAAAAUAUAUAUGAGGAUGUUGAUUCAACUAUUGAUUCUGUCUUGCUCAAGCAAAUCUUCAAAAAUGCUGGAGUUAUGUCAGUCCGUAUUGGAGACAAUAUUAUACCCUAUAAUAAAUAGUUCAAUCUGUUCAUGACUACCAAAUUAAGCAAUCCUCAUUACACUCCAGAAAUAAGUACUAAAGUUACAAUUAUCAAUUUCACCAUUACUCAAAGUGGGUUAGAGGAUUAAUUACUAGAAAUAUGUGUUAGCAAAGAGUAACCAAAUUUAGAAGAGGAGAAGAAUAGGUAGAUUUUAUAGUAACACAAAAAUAAAUAAGAGUUGUAAAAAAUAGAAGAUCAAAUUCUUAGAGUUUUAAAUAAGGCUGAGAAUAUUUUGAAUGAUGAGGAAGCUAUUUAGAUUUUGUAGACUUCUAAAGAAAAAUCAAAAGAUAUUGAGGAGAAAUAAGAGACAUCAGAAUACACAGAGAGAAAGAUUGAUGAAGCCAGAGUGUAAUAUAAACCAAUUGCUAUUCAUGGGGCUUUGCUCUUCUUUGCAGUCAUAUCUCUAGCCUAAUUAGAUUCUAUGUAUUAAUACUCUUUAUCUUGGUUAUUAAAUUUGUAUUAGGAAGCAUUCAUCAAAAGUGAAUCAAGUUAACGUAUUCAAUAAAGAAUAACCAACAUUAAUAAUAUGACACUCAACUUAAUAUAUAAUUAAGUUUGUAGGGGAUUAUUCGAGAAGGAUAAAUUGCUUUAUAGUUUCAUUAUUUUGAUCAAAAUUCUUGAAUAGAAGAAAUAAAUAGAUUUUGAAGAAUUCUCCUUCAUUAUUAGAUAAAUAACUAUUCCCACUGAAGUACCAGAAAAUCCUUUCAAAGAAUGGUUACCAAACUAAGCAUGGGCAAGAGUAUAAGUCUUAAUAAAAGUGAACAAGAAAUUAUCAUAAAUUGUAGAUAGUAUGCGUAAUUUCCCUGAAGUUUGGAUGGAAUUACUAGACUCUCCAGAUGGCCAUUAGAUUAGAUUCCCUGAACCAUUUGUCAUCAUCACUCCUAUAUAGAGAAUGUGUAUAAUAAAGGCUUUAAGACCCGGUAAACUGCCUAGAGUGAUUCAAGAAUUUGUGGCUUCUGAAUUGGGAGAUAAAUAUAUUUAACCUCCAUCAUUUUCACUCCAUCAGUCAUUUCAAGGUAGCAAUCCCAAAUCCCCAUUGUUAUUUGUGUUGCCUGGUACUGAUCCUAUGAACGCUUUACUUAAUUUUGCUAAAUAGAAGGAUAUCUAACUAAGAUCUGUUUCAUUGGGUUAAGGGUAAGGAGUGAUUGCAGAAAAGGAAAUUGAAGAUGCAAAAUAAUCAGGAACAUGGGUGAUAUUGUAAAAUUGUCAUUUAUAUCCAUCAUGGAUGCCAAAGUUAGAAAAGAUUAUAGAGGAUAUAUAAACUUAGAAAAUGCACAAUCAUUUCAGACUCUGGUUAACCAGUUAUCCCAGUGAGGAUCUACCCGCAUCUAUUGUUUAGAGCAGUGUGAAGAUGACAAAUGAACCACCAACUGGUAUCAAAUCGAAUCUAUAGGUCAGUUAUUCUAGUGCUCUUUAUUAACAAUUAGAUUAUUCAAAUAAGAAACUAUCAAAACUAUUUUAUGCAUUAUCAUUUUUCCAUGCUAUAUUGCAAGAACGUAGAAAUUAUGGACCUAUAGGUUUUAAUAUCUAUUAUGAUUUUAAUCAAUCCGAUCUAUUUAUAUCAAUUAGACAACUUUAAUAAAUGGCUGCCGAUGUCUCCAUACCAUUCCAUGCAUUACAUUACCUAAUUGGAGAAUGCAAUUACGGAGGUAGAGUAACUGAUGAAAGAGAUAGGAGAGUGGUGAGAGCUCUUUUGGAUGAAUAUUUAACUGAGAAAGUCACCUUUGACACCUUCUAAAUUCAAGAUUUCCCAAUUAUUGAAGGGUUAUCGUAUGAAGAAUAUAUGAAUCAAUUGAAUAAUCUACCACUAGUCCAGCCAACUCAUCUUUUUGGAUUCCAUCCUAAUGCUGAAAUUAUGAAGGAUCAACAAUACACAGAUGAGAUCCUUAGAAAAUUGUAAUAGACACUUGGAUCCUCUUACACCGAUGGUUAAUAAAAUGAUGAAUCUAAAAAAGCAGAUAAUGUCCUUAAACAAUUAUGUGAAGAGUACCUUGCCAAUUUCCCUAGAAAAUUUGAUAUCGAAAUUGCAAAUGCUAAGUAUCCUCAUGAUUAUAAGAACUCUUUUAAUACUGUUUUCUAAUAAGAAAUAUCAAGAUUCAAUAAGUUGUUCUCAGUUAUUCAAUAAUCAUUUAUUGAUACACUGAAUGCUAUCAAGGGAUUAACAGCUAUGUCUGACCAAUUGGAAAAAAUUACUCAAUCAUUUCUAAUAGGAGCAGUACCAGAAUAAUGGAAAAACCACUUGCUUCGUAUUUAUAGGAUUUCCUAAGAAGAAUCAGGUAUUUCCAGAAUUGGCUAGAUAAACAAAUUCCCUAUGUCCAUUGGAUCUCUGGUUUCUUCUUUACUCAAUCCUUCCUUACUGCUGUCUUAUAAAAUCACGCCAGAAAAUACUCAAUAGCAAUAGACAAAUUAGAUUUUGAAUUCUAGUUUCUUGAAGAGCCUUAAUGAUGGCACUCUUAUAUUUGGACUCUUCUUGGAGGGAUGCAGAUGGGAUUAUGGUCGAGAAAUGAUUGUGGAAUCUAAUCCGAAGGUACUGACAACUCUAGCUCCUAUCAUAUGGCUCAAGCCUAUACAGGGAGAGUCAGAAACAAAGAACCAAUACGUUUGCCCAGUUUACAAGACAGCAGAAAGAAGGGGAGUCCUCUCUACUACUGGGCAUUCUACUAAUUUUAUCAUGAAUGUCAAUUUGCCAACUGAACAAUCACAACAUCAUUGGGUGAAGAGAGGUGUAGCUAUGCUUUGUUAACUCUCAGAUUGACUGAAAAAACUGAUCUAAUUCAAUAUAUAUAAAUAAAAUUUCAUUUUAUUUAACUUAUCUAA